GCCGCGCCCCCGCCCCCGCCAAGAUGUCCGGAGCGAUGGUGAGUGCCGCCACGGGCGUGAUGAACUCCGCUGUCAACAAGCUGACGGCCAUUCUCGGCGAGGAAUACAAGCUGGUCAGCAACGUCAGGCACAGGAUCCGCUUCAUGCGAGAUGAGCUGAGCAGCAUGCACGCCGCGCUGCAGAGGCUGGCUGAAGUGGACGAUGACCAGAUCGACGUGCAGACCAAGGAUUGGAGGAGCAAGGUGCGUGAGCUAUCUUACGAUAUCGAAGAUUGUGUUGACCGUUUCAUGCUUCUUGACAGCUCCAAAAAGGCAAAGCUAAACUUGGUGCAAAGCAUGGUGUGCAAAAUAAAGGAGCUGUGGGAGGACCGCAAGAUCUCAAAAGAGAUCAAAGAACUAAAGGAUCGUGUCGUCGAGGAGAAAGAGAGGCGCGAUCGAUAUGAUAUUGGUGAGCACCUUACCAUGACCCACCUGCAGCCUGUGAGUCUUGACCCUCGUGCACCUACACUCUAUGAGGAGGCAAGAGAUCUGGUUGGCAUCGAUGGACCUCGUGAGGAGAUCAUUGGGUGGCUCAAGAGUGAAGAGAAGCAGCUGAAGGUGGUGUCCAUCUUUGGAAUCGGAGGUCAGGGAAAGACGACUCUUGCCAUGGAGGUAUACCGCAAAGCUGAAGAACCGUUUGACUGCCGUGCUUCAGUAUCAAUAUCUCGAACCCUUGAUAUCAAGAAGCUUCUAAGAGAUGUACUCUCUCAAAUCAAUAAGAGCGAGUACGAUCGGUCAGAAAGAUGGGAGACGGAGCAGCUGAUACGCACUUUGAGAGAAUACUUGAUCGACAAGAGGUACCUCAUUGUGAUUGACGAUAUCUGGAGCAUAUCAGCAUGGGAGCAAGUGAAAUGUGCCUUACCUGUCAACAAUAGUCGAAGUAGAAUAAUUACUACAACACGCAGUAAAGAAGUAGCUCAAUCAUGUUGCACCGGCAUUGAUGGGUAUAUGUAUGAAGCACAGCCACUUUGUGAAGACGACGCUCAUACACUAUUCUUUAGAAGAAUAUUUCUCUCCAGUGAAGAUUGUCCCCAAGUUUUGAGGGCAGUAGCCACUGAAGUUUUGAGGAAGUGUGGUGGCUUGCCAUUAGCCAUAAUAAGUAUUUCUGGUUUGUUAGCAAACAGAUGCCACAGGGUGGAAGAAUGGGAAAACAUAUCGAACUCUAUUUCUUCUGCAGUUGGGACAGCUUCUCAGAUUCAGAAAAUGAAAAGAAUUCUGUUCCUUAGUUACUUUGAUCUUCCUCUCCAUCUAAAGAGUUGUUUGCUGUAUCUGAGUGUGUUUCCAGAGGAUUAUUCUAUUGAUUGUCGACGCUUGAUCCGGACAUGGGUAGCUGAAGGACUAAUUCCGGGACAAAACAGAGAGAGUAUGGAGCAGGUAGGCGAAAGUUACUUGAAUGAGUUGAUCAAUAGAAGCAUGGUCCAGCCUACAAAGAUCAGGGCAGGUGGAGCAGUGAAGUUUUGCAGAGUUCACGAUGUCAUAUUCGACUUUAUUGUAUCACAAGCUGUGGAAGACAAUUUUGUUGUUAUAUGGAAUGGUAAAGGUUUUUCUGGGAAUUUUUCAAACAAGAUGCGCCGGUUAUCCAUCCAAACAGAUUUUUCCGAAGCAGAAGAGAUGGCAAAAGCACUGAAGAAUACAUCUCAUCUUCGAUCAGUUCAUAUCUUUAAUGAUUCUGAUCAGCUGGGUGAUUAUAUCCCUCAGUUUUUUAGUAGCCACGCCCUGCGUGUGCUGAAUAUCCAAGGAAGAUGCCUUUUUGGAGAUCGCAAUGUGCAUAUUGAAAGUUUCACUCCAUUGAAGUACCUUGUAAUAACUGGUCGGUGCAGCGAGCUUCCAGAACAAAUAGGAAAGCUGCAACAUCUGGAGACGCUAGAUGUGAAAAGGAGUGGCAUUAAUAAACUACCCGCAAGUAUUGUUCAACUGAAGAAAUUGGUGCGUCUUUUUGUCCCAGCGGGUGUGCAGCUGCCGGAAGGAAUUGGAAAUAUGCAAGCCUUGGAGGAGCUAUCAACGAUCGAACUCGGUAUAUCAUCUGCAAAGGUUAUCCAAGAGCUCGGCGAUCUGACCAAGCUGAGGUUCCUUAUAGUUUUUUCCUAUUAUACAACCGAAGCAUGUGAUGUGGAAGGCCACAAGAAAGCAUCAGUCUCGACUCUCUCCAAACUGCUCAUGGGCCUUCGAACACUGUAUCUCGCGCAUGAUUCUGUCGUAGCAACUGCACUGAUGGCAUCUUGUCGCUCUACACCGCCACUUCAGAGACUUUACCUUCCCUACCCUUUGAGUGCCAUACCAAGCCAAAUGAGGUCAUUCGUCAACCUGGUCCGCCUCCGCAUUUCAGUUCAGGGUAAGGUGACCAAGAAAGGUAUAGAGAUUCUUGCAAGUUUACCCAUGUUGGCCUCUCUUACCGUACGCUUACGGUACGAUGGUGACAACCUCCACCCAAGGCAUUCCAUCCGUAAACAAGGGUUCCAGAGCUUGCUUAAGUUCAGUUUUGGUGGUGAUCAAGAGGCUGCAUUGGAGUUUGAGCCAGGAGCCAUGCCAAAGGUCCAAAGCCUGAAAGUAGAACUGCAGGCACGGUGCCAGUUCAAGUAUGGGCAAGGUGGCCUAGUUGUCGGGCUGCAGAAUCUUGCAGCUCUCAAACAUGUCAACGCGAGUAUCAACUGCUUCAAAGCUGCUGAAGAGGAGGUGCAGGGUUCGGAGGAUGAUAUCAGGGGUACAUCAGGCACCCAUCCCAACCAUCUCACCCUUGUGGUCAAAAGAGAACAUAGCGAUGCCUACGACUCGUCGGAUGACCAAUUGAACAAAUGAUACGCGCACGAGAUGGGAUUAGGGAGUUUUAAGCUAGUCGAGAAAAUAAAGGUUUCUUGUCUUGUGUUGUGCUUCUUUUCCUUUUGAGCCUUCUUGGCCACUUUGGUUUGUAAGACUAAUUCAAUCCUAAUGCUUUUUGUAUCA